AUGAUCCAGCCUUCCCAACGGAUAAGUAGCAAAAAGCCCAAGAAACAGAAACCGAGUAUAGAGGAUAUUCCGCUGCCUGCUCUAUGUGUAGAUGCAUCUUCGAUACCUCUCCCUCCUCCAAUAGACAGAAAUUCUACAAGCACCACUGUAGCCUCUAUUGUGCCUCCUCCCCCACCGCCUCCACCUCCGCCACCACCUUCCUCAGAGCCCCCAUUAAUCAUCGGCGCGGAUCAGUCAUCCGGAGGGGCACUCAAAUUUAGCCUUAAAAUAAAUGCCUCUAAGCCAUUGUCUGGCCAAGAUGGUCAAUCAGAAAAAACGGGGGUUUUUGAAUCCGGAAGUGAUUCCAAAAUGGAUGAACCCAAAUCAAUGCCUAAACUCCAGGCUAUGAUGAAGCGAUACAAACCAACUAUCCUUCCAACCGGAGUAAUCCCUAGCAAAAAUAAGGCUCCAGAGUCUGAAACCAAAACAGAGCUUUUCAAACCAUCCAAAGAGGAUGAAAAUGAGGUUAAGGCAGAGGCAGAAGCAGCUGAAAUCUUAUCUAAUUCCUUGCCGCUUCUAGGUAAUCCAGUCGUUCAAUCUAUUUCCAGCGCUCCAGCUUUGGAGCCGGCUUCGAAUACUGCAGAUGAAGCUCUCAAUAAUGCCCUAAGAGAGGUCAAUGCACUCAGUAACUUAGCUAGCCUUGCACCAGGAAAUUUCGAUAGCAUUGUGUCCACAUUGACCGGCUCGCAAACUAGUUCCUCCUCGGUCAUAUCAAAGCCUGAUACAGGUCUCCUACCGACUCCUUCGCUUCCAAAUCCUCUCAUGCAAACUUUUGCUAGUCCAUACGGCCAGUUUGCGUCUAAUCCUUUG